CUCGGGGCGUCAGGUUCUCUGUAUGGGGUUUGUUGUUGUUUCGCGCUUCCUGCAAACCACGUGCGCAGCGUGACAGCUCCGUCAACGGACGUUUAAAGGUACGCGGCGUUACCUUGUAAUAACGACGUCUCUGUUUAUCGCGAUCCAAGUUUUCGACCGGUGACAUUUUCGAACGAUCGAGCGAAACGGAACAAGAUUUUUACGACCGAACGCUCUCGAGGAAGAAUCGCAUCGUACGAGGGAGGAAGCUAGUAUAAUCGUUUGCCGUGCCGAACACGCUGUUUUAAAGUACCAUCGUGUCAUCGUCCAUUGAAAUUUCGAAAGUGGUAUCGCGUUUGACAGAAGUGACAGAGUGCGAUCGAAUUACGCGGGUGGCACCAUUCGAGGUAUCGAUUCGACUCGAAAAUCCAUGUUCGACGCUCGAACAAGUUUCAAUUUUGUUGAGCGAUCGUAACGUGGUGUACGGGUGCUACUUGUUGGAUCGCGUAGCUGCCAAUAAUGUUCAAAAACGCGUUUCAAGGCUCGGCGAGAUCCGUGAAUAAUACAAUGUUAAAUUUGUCACGAUGACUUGGCUACGUGCCCUCGCCGGUUAUCGCAGCCGAGACUUUCGUUAGCAACUCUUAUCGGGCUACGCGAAUAACCUGACCGUGCGCAGCGUAAAUAUUAUGAGUGCAGGAAUCUUCGAAUCGUGCGACGAGUUGAAAUUACGAUGCCGUCUAAUCGCGCCGAGCCAGUUACCAACCGCGAAAACCAUAAGGCGGAAAAUCGCGCCAAGGACGAAUGAUGUUCGAAGAAUUUAUCAGCCCCGUUGGCCAGAGUCUCGAAAGAGGUCGCGUCGUUGCUUACCGAAAAGCAAAUAAAACGUCCCGAACGAGCGGUAAGCCUGCUUGUGCCAUUGAGGCGGCAGCGGGCAAAGUAAGUGGACCGCGCCGGGCAAGAACGUAACGCGGGUAAAUUAGUCGCGGAACGGGUACGUCUGCGACAAGAAACGGAGUAAUAACGACCGCGGGCCGGAAGAACGUGGAAACGAGCGAAGAAACAGGAAGGAGGCGGCGGGUGUACACGUAUUUGCGAACCGGACAAACUCCGAACAUAGACAACCACUGCGGGGAGAUAGAGAAAGAGAAACAGAGAAGGUGGGAACCGUACGGGAAGGGGGAAGGACCGAAGGAAGGAAAGAACGAUUCAGAGGAGAGGGAAGAGAGCGGAGAGAAGAUUUCUGGGCACGCGCACUCCACCUGCUAGCGUGUAGUGGCACGCGCCAUACCCACCCCCCUCCGCUGUGGACGUUGCGGACCUCCUCUCCCCACGGUCCCCCUUUGGCGUUACCUCCUGGUUCUACCGCGGCCGUCGCCACCGCCACCGAUUCUUCCCUCUCACCCCCGACCCCGACCCCGCUCACGAUCUCCCCACGUUCCGCGGAGCCUCUCCUCCCGCGGGAAUCCCCUCCCGUGCUCCCCUCACGCGUGCCACGGUUUCAAGCUGUGACGCGCGGGAGUCAAUCGCUCGCGGACUUCGAUAGGACGAGCACACAGGUCCUUGCUCUUCCUCUUCUUCUCCCGUACGCCUCUGUCCGACCGUUCGCGCCUCCUGUGCCUCGUGACGUUCUACCGAUCUUUGCUCCGAUAUACUCGCCACCCUCUACGUUUCGAUCUUUAAAUCUCUUUUUGCACCCUCCUCUCUGAGAAAUCCGAGAUCGGUCUCGAAGACAUAGACAAAGGAUAGAGAGGGAAAGAGAGAAGGUUCGUAACGUCGCGUGGCCGACGAUUUCAAAGUUCGCGGUGUAUAAUCGCGAUCGAUUACCAUUGUAAUCGAGAGACGGUUUUUGCCGGGGCGAGGAAAAGGCGAGCCGUACGAGAAGAGUUGUGCCGGCCGAUGUUCGCGUAUGAAAAAACCCGGUCGUCCUCCAGCACCUCUUCCUCCUCUUCUUUCCGGCGUCCGUUUGCUGCCAGGGGGGCAACGUGCCGGCCGAUCUGUGCAUUGUAAACAAAGGGAACAAAGGGCCAACGGCGACAACGAGGUGGACGACGACGAGGAGGACGAGGAACGAGUACGGCGAGCACGGCGUGGAGAAGAACGCGCCAAGGGAGUAAGAACGUAAGAAGGAGGAAGGAAAGCGAACGAGCGCGAUAAAGAGUGGGGGGCUGACGCGUGCUACUACCGCCGUUACUUCCAUCGCAACAAAAAUAGUCGAGUCUCCGUGGAGGAGGAGAGACAGAGAAAGAAGGAAAAGGGAAGAGAGAUAGUGGCGGCGAGGAAAGAGAAGGAAUAAAGUUAUCGUAAUAUAUACACGCACACGUGUGACUGAGCGUACAGUGGGGUCACGCGCGAUACAGUGGUUCGGAGCAACUCGUCUUCUUUCGUCCGGUGCGUGACGUAUCGGCGAACAACCGAGACAAAUACGAUCCGCGGGCGAAAAUAAAUACGCGAUAAAUUUGGGGACGAAUCGCGCGAGAGUCGCGAGACGGAGAAAAAGGAAGAAAACAAGCCGCUCCGCGACAGGAAAGUUUUUAUUCUGGACGUUCGUAUCUGACUUUCGGUGCCCUUUGCCGUCAGCGGUGACAGACCGCCGCGCGAUCAGCUGUUCGUCGCGAGGCCUCGCGGACUUGGAGAUACUCCACGAUCGCUGUCAUCCACCACGAGUCAUUUUCCAACGAGAUUCAUAGUUCGUGCUACGACACGCCACGGGAAGAACGUUCUUCUCGUUCUCUGUACGCGUGUUUCGAGUCGACGUUCUCGAACCACCUGUUGACGAUUUACGAGGGAAAAUCGACGCUGUCGGCAUCGAGGUUGCCCUCGAGUCGUUGUACGCGGCGUGCCAUCGGAGGAAACGAGCGAUUCUACCUCUUCGGUUACGAGAAAAGUGAAUAUUUCCCAUCGAUCGUGUGCCAGGUUAAAAAGAAUAGAAAUCAAAGAUACGAGGAAAAUCGUUGUUGCCAUGGGUUCGACAACAUUUCGUCGAAAGAGUGUCGCACGGACGUGUGUGGAAUCGGUGGCGGCACAUUGAUAUGCAAAUUCGGGGCGAGUUUUCGCCGGAGGAAGUCGGUGUUAAGUAUGCGAGCAGAGAGAGCGUCGGUGGCGGAACGGCGCGUCGACUGUUUUUCGGAGCGAGCGUUAUCGAGACGUUGUUAAUACGCGUUAUCGGUCGGUCGCAUCGCCAGUGACAGAGACUCGACGCGUAAAGGUUCGGAGGUCACGGAACUGUUGGACGAUAUGCGGCACGCAAACUCGUUUCAACGAGCAGAGAAUUUUGGCCCGCGGAACAAAGGGGCUCGCUCGCUUCGAACGGGAGAGGAAUCGCGACGGGUUCGAGCGUUGAUAUGCUCGGGGUACGCAGGGGCGUCGAUGAUUCUAUUCCCGGCGUCUUUUUAUUCGCCGUGCCGUUAAACGGGCAGUGUGUACGCGCGUUGGCGACGUGUCGCGCGCGGGAACUACGAGUUCACGGGUGAUAGCUAGUCAAGUGAUCGGAAGGGCAUUACGUUUUACGGGCAUCGAGACGGGUUCGUGUAUAAUAAAGAGAGGCUCUCGUGUUAGACCUAAGUUUUUGUACAGUAAAGAAAGAAUAUUCUACGGUAUACUGUUGGAUUCGAGCAGCGCGCGUCACGGACGGUAUUCAAACACCGUUGCGGACUGUUCGGCGCCCUUUGUACAUUUCGUUUUCUGUUAUAUGCGUCAUCACGGGACGCGGAUUGUUACGUUGUCGCGAAAGAAACUUUGGAGAGGCGCGCGCCGCGACCGUUUCCGGAAAAGUGUCGCGGGGGGCGACGAAAGCGAAAGUGUCGCGCGGCGUCGUGCGUACGUUCGACGCGGGAAAAGAAAAUGACCUUCAAGUUCCGUUGAGAAUCUUCCACUCGGAUCAAACGGAGGAAAACAUGGAUCUGUAACGGGGGAUACACGAUCGAGGAAGAAAUUGCGACAGUGUGUUAGUGCGGAUAUUACAGUGUCGCGAAGAAGUGAUCGGAGGAGGGGCAUGGUGGGCCCCCACCAACCAGGGCCACAGGCCCGGGUGGCCCCCCUGUAAAAAGGAAAUCUCUCGCUAUCGUGCCGCUCGUGCUCCAUUACACUGCCUGGAAUGAUGCAGCAAAAAUUCGUGAAGAGGACGGCCGAGGAGUUGGAGCCAGCCGGCGGCGGUAGCGGUGACGGAGGGUUUGGCGAGCCCCCGGUGAAGCUGCAAUGCACGCAGGCGCAGCAUCAGCACCAGCAGGGUCCCGGUGGCGGCGGUGGAGGCGGGCCUCAUCACGGUCACGGUCAGCACGCGCCAGGAAACGGCGCGAACUCGACGGGCCCGACCCACGGCGGGGGCGGUGGCGGUGGCGGCGGCGGCGGGAACGAGGGCCUGACCAAGUUCUCGGUGGAGAUCGUGCAGCAGUUGGAGUUCACCACGUCGGCCGCGAACUCCCAGGCCCAGCAGAUAUCGACGAACGUCACGGUGAAAGCGUUGACGAACGCUUCGGUGAAGAGCGACCUGCUGAACGCGUCGUCGUCGCCCAAGUCGGGCCCGGACACGCCGGCGUCAGCGACCUCCAGGCCUCAGACCGGGGGCGGCGGUGGUCCUGGCAGCGGGGGCGGUGGCGCUGGCGGUCCGCCGACCGGCGGUGGCAUCGGUUGCGUGGACAUCGGUAACCUGGUCGAGUGCAAGCAGGAGCCCGACAACGAAUUCGUCGACCUGGAGCAAUGCGCCGCGGCCCUGGAGAAAGACGCGGCGGCGAACGGCGCCGGUUUCCCUGGUUUCUCCGACUUUAUGGGCGACGACACCGGCGACGAGAUCAUCACCUCGGACGCGUUCAAGGACCUGAUCUCGGAGAUCUCCGACUUCCAUCCGGAGUUCAUGAAGGACUUCGACUUCGAGGAGAAGAUACCCGUGGAGGCGUUGGCGAACAACGCGGUGGUCGCCGCGGCUGCCGCCGCUGCGGCGAACAACAACAAUAACAAUAGCAUCGGGACGAACAACGGGCAGAUCAAGAUCGAGGACGACAAAGACGCGAUACACCAGCAGCACGGGAACGCCAACAGCAACAGCUUGAACAACGGCACGGGGACGAACAACGGAAACGUGCCCGCCAACUCGAGUCCCGGAGGUCUCGGAUCGGCCCAGUACUCCCCAGCCAGGCUGUCUUACUCCAGUCUCGACUUCAAGUCCGAGAUGAGUCCCGCCGCCCAGACGCUCAAGCAGAUGGCCGAGCAGCACCAGCACAAGAGCCAGCAGCUCGGUCUCGGUGGAUUCAAUCCUAGCGCCGCCGCAGCGGCCAGAGGACCCACCGCUCGGUCUCCUUACGCGGAGUUCCCUCAAUUUGGCGGCACCUCGGACUACCUGGGUAGCCCCGGUAGCAACGGUCCGCCGGGCGGACAGCCCCAAGCGACGCCUGGCACCGGGUCUUAUCACAAAAACAACGGAGCGUCCGGAUUCCAGAGCCAGCAGACCAACGACAUGUUCGUCAGCUCCCAGACGCAAUUCGCCGCAGGGCUGGCUGACAUGAAGAGACCGCAGCCAGCCGCUGGCGGUAAACCGAGCAUGCUAGGCCCGAGCGGAGGAUACAAGCAACAGUACUCGCCGUACGGAGGUAGUCCAGGAUCGAUGCCGAAUCACGGCAGCCCCGGUUAUCCGCUUCCACCUAGAGGCUCCCAGGGAGCUGGACCCAAUCAAACCGGCUCCCAGGGACCUUUCACUAGCUCCACGCCGCCGAGGCCUCCCUCGGGACCCGGCACCUCAUCCCUGCAAAUCAACCAGGCGCAGCAGCUACACAUCAACAAUCCCGGACAUCAGAUUCAGGUGUCCGCGGGUCAGCAUAUGCAGCUUACUGGAGACCUGAAGCCAGGCGUGACCGUGGCCGCUCAACAGGGGAUGUACUUUAACCAGCAACAAAGCCAAAAUCAGUCUGGACCCGGUGGCCAGACGGAUCAGACGUAUUGCUCGGUCUCGCAGUCUCAGACCAUAAACUUCACUCAACAAAGUCUGAGGCAGAGAGCGGCGGCCGCAGCAGCUAGUGGCGUUGCUCAACCCGCCGGUGCACCCGGUGCACGAAGUCAUCCUCAACAAGUACCGCCGAAUCAAGUGGAUCAACAUCACCACGCGAAGCUCCUGCAGCAACAGCAGCUGAUGCGCACUCAGCAGGUGAUGCAACAGCAACAGCACAUGGCCGGAGGAAUGGGAGGCGUGAGACCACCGCCUCCCGAAUACAAAACGGCGGCUCAGGCCCAAAUGAUACACGCUGGUAUCGGCAUGGGUCAGCAGCCAAGGUUUCCCAAUACCGGGCCUAUGCGCAGGGUUACGCAACAACCUAUGCCACCUUCAGGUCCGAUGAUGAGGCCGCAAAUGGCGCAACAGCAGCAACAAGCGUUGCACGCAGCCGGUGGCAAUAUGUACAUGAGCGGCGGCGGUAUGGCCGCCAUCGGCGGCAUGCAUCAGAUGCAUCAGCGUCUCGGAUAUCCUAGGACUAAUAAUCAACGGCCGCCUAACGUCAGUGUCGGUCCGCCCGACGGCCUUGGGAAUAGCAUCGCGGGCCGCGGCGCUCAGCAGGAGUGGCGACACGUUCUGAUGCAGCAGCAGGGCUUUCAAGUACAGAUGCGAUCGCAAUUCAACCAACAAGGUCACCAAGGUGGGUUCGGAAUGGGCGGUACGGGCGGAAUGCAGAUGAACGCCGCACAGAUGCAGCAUCAACAGCUGAUUCGCUCGCAGAGUGGCGGUAUUGCUGGAUCCGGUAUGGCGAACAGCACUCAGAUGCAGCAACUACUGUCGCAGCAACACCAGCAGCAGACAUUAGCCAUGCAGCAGAGUAAUAAUCAGAUGUCACUGCAGAUGCAAAUGUCGCAGUCCUCGUCAGUCAACUCUGUCAGCAGUACCGGCACGGGUUCGCCGCUGCACCCGCACCAACAAUACGGCGCGGGUAGUCCGGGUGUGCGCAGCCUGCCGCAACAACAACACGCGCAACCGCCUAGCGCCGCGACGGAUCCGUCUGUAGCCGCCGCGGACUUCAGCCUCGAGUUUCUGGAGAACCUGCCAGCCGGUGACACGUCGAACUUCAGCGCUCAGGAGCUCCUGAAUUCCCUCGACUCCACGGCGAGCUUCAACCUCGAUAUUCUGUAAGGCCACGCCUCUCGCGGUCUAUUCGGGAAUCGCAUAUAACCAGGCCGGUUAAAAACGACGCGGACCAACGUCGGGGGGGAUCGAUCAACCCCCGCGGAGACGCGGGCGCGACGAUAUCGACGGAGCCUCUGGUCGCGUAUCGUGCGUCGAUUCGCGUUCCUCGAGAUCGACGAGUCCACGCGGAACAAGAUCGUCGCGUCUCGAAUCUCGCUCAGGGAACAAGAGGAAACGAACCCCGUUGGGGGUGGGCCUCGUCGAGGGCGGGAAAUCGCGAAAAAAAAAGAGAAACGAAGUUAUAGAUUCUCCGCGCGUCGCUCGAAACGAUCCGUUCGAUGUCUAUAUCGUUUUGGGGGUACGUUCGAUCCCAUCCGCGUCAAAUAGUUACGAAUAGCAGAAGCAUCCUCUUCGGGAGCAAGAGAACGCGAACGAGUCCCGGCGUGGACGAUCGUCGUCGUCCGUCAGCGGCGUCGGAUGGACGUGUUUGGGCAACCGGUUCGACGUCGCGCGACCCACGGACACCAACCGGUCGUAGCUAGCAUUUUCGGCAGCUAACUCUCCAGGCUGGCGACUAUUCUUUCUAGGCAAUCACGUUUUAGGUAAAAUUGAAUUUCUUCUAACGGUAACCGAUCCGAAGCAGCGGGGGACAUGAACCGAGAGAGAGCAGCGUGGGAAAUCAAGAGUGACACGCGCGCUCGUGUUCGUGUUCGUGUUCGCCACGGUCAUUUUUCUAACAGCCACGUCGAACCUCGGGUUCGAUUCCGCCCCCGAUCUUUUCCCUCGUCCCUUCCCCCCCGUGAAUUAUGGCCAGCUGGCCGUCCAGGAGGGGAGGAUCGAUCAAUUCUUCGAGUGCACGCGUCGACGACACUGCGCCUGGUGACUUCGACGGGCACUCCGAACGGAAACGGACGAGACUUCUCUUGAUUUUUCACGCGGCAGUACGGCGACGACGCUCUGGCGAACGUAAUCGCGGUACGAAAUAACCGUCGCGAACGAUACUGUCGUUCGAGGACGCUUUCGAACGCCGCGCGUCGCCGAGGAGGUUCGAUUCGCGGCUGAACAACGUUAUCGAUAACGGCUAGAACGUAGUGUAUUUAAUGAUGCCGCGACGGCGUAUUCUACAAUUAAACAGAAAGUCAAUUAUGAGAUAUAUAUUCGAUUCGAUGAAUCCCGCGGCCUGUAACGGGCGCCGGGGGUCGGUGCCGAUUAGAUCGGUCACGCGGUAGGGUUCGCGUCGUGUUCGACGAUGAAGAAACUGAGAGAGAAUGAGAGAGCGGGAGAGAAAGAUAGAUAGAGAGAUAGAUAGAGAGAGUGACAAACCCUUCCUAAGAACGCGGUGUUAGCGUUGCGGGGAUAAAUUAAAAUCUUGACUGUACAUAGGUAUACAAGUUAGAAGGAGAAACGUUUUCGAGACGAUGGGAUCUCGCAAAGUUUAGCCGAUUAAAGUUAAGGAUAAAAAACCGUAUGAUAUAGGUGAAUAUUAUAAUGAUAAUAGUAAUUGAUAACGGUUGUUGCGCGAGACGAGCAAAUGGCCAGGUAGAAAGGGGAAUGCCAGGGAACGAGUGACGAUGCGUGUUCGGGCGACGGAGCACAUUUCCACGAUCGAGUGUGUAUUUAUUCAGUUUAGUUACGAUAAAUGUGCCGCGUCGCCGCGUCAAUGUUGCACACAAAUAAUCACGGUGAGGUGAGGAGGCCGUUCUUGGGCGCGACGAACCCGAUGUCUCGGGCGGACGUUACGGUCGGACCGGAACUCGAUCGCUCGAGGCCACUUCCCCCCGCUACAAAUCGCUACCAAUUCGACUUUCGCGCCGUGCCGGCUUUCCUCGCUCGAAUACAGAGGGCCUGCGUUGUGGUGGGGGUAACCAAGCGGUAUGGUGGGGGUAGCUCCUCGGUGACCUCGAGAAACCAACCGAUUUCGCACCGAUCGUCGUUCCUUUCUUUUGGCGUUUCCGUCGCGUGGCGACGGGUUCGUCGACGACCCGGACGGCGGAUCCGCGACUAAUCUUCCAAAUAGUGAUACAUUCCAUAGAUAAAGAAAAAGAAAAAAAAAGAAAACGAGUAGGAAUCCACGGUUCGUCUAAUCAAAACUAUUGUUUCUAAAAGAAAGAGAGGAGAAGAGAAGUCAGGGCAGAGAAGGGUCUUUUUUUCGAUCGACAUAUAUGGGUGAAAGCGUCGCGAAAGUUGAAACGCGUGCUAGCCGUGCAUUCGUGCAGGGACACGCGUUAGGACAGCGCUGAGAUACACGCGAGAGAUGAAUACAGGAGAAAAAGUAUCCUCCACCGUUCGCCGAAAGUGUGCACGAAUAAUUCCGAUUCGGAGUUUCGCUUGUCACGAUACAUAAGUAUAAUUAUACUCGCGCUCGAGAGACAGAGAGAGAAAGAGAGAGAGAGAGAGAGAGAGAGAGAGAAAGAUAGUGUGCGUGUGUGUAUGUCGCGCGAAAUUAGAAGAGUAUAUAAUCGUUUUUUUUUUUGUUUUUUUAAAGAAAAGAAAUUCUCAUCGGGCGGAGCGACGACGCGUUAUUAUUGUCUUGUAAAAUAUUGGGGCCACGAAACAUAAUCUAAACAACAAAAACGAUAAAAACGAAAACAACAAAAAAAAAAAGAAAUGAUAAAAAUAAAGAUGGGAAGGAGAGAUGGGUGCUCUAAUUCUCAUGUCGAUGUGAACACCGUGUUAUGUAAAUCGAGAACUACUCUACGGGAAGAGAGGAAACGUAAAGUCGCCGUAUGUUCCGUUCUCUUUAUGUUUUGUUUUGAGGAAUAUCAUUUUUCUAUUAUGCGUUUCGUGUACGAGGGAAGGAGAGACGGAGGCGUUGGGCGAAAGAUAGGCGAGUAGAAACGAAAAGGGAGACGGAGCUGUCCUCGCUGGAAGAGAGCAUUAGGGACCAACCAAACCGGAGAGCAACAAGCGUGUGCUUGGCGAUGUCGAUUGUCACGGUGGAUCGUUCUUCGCUUUUUUUCUUCUUUUUACACGUCGAGUCGAGGGAACACGGAGAAAGUAAUAGCAGUGCCUCGAGUUAUUCGUGACCGAUCACCGACGUUCUGUCGAUCGAGAGAUCCGCAUAGUCGGAGAAAGAGAACCGGAAGCGAACGGUAACGCAAGGCGACGAUAACGCUGGCGAUCGCACUGUUUUCUCUAACAGAUCGAACGACGUGCAUACGGGCCAGAAUUCGUUGCUAAUACGACUGAAAUUAAUCGAUCGACUUCGGCGUGAUUGCACGUAGGAAAAUAUUCGGUAAGUAAUUUCUUUGAUGAAGCAAAUUCUUCUAUAACCAAAAUUAUAUUUUACUUCUGGAAAGAAUUCUACGAUAGAUCUAUUGACAAACACUAACGAUGGGACAGAAGUUGAAAGGUAAAGUUCAAUAAAGUGUAACUUUUGACUGUACCCGCUCUGGUGUGAAAAAUUGUAGAGUAGUUGGACUCUUAUUGUUCGUGGACGUACUAUUACUUUAAAAUCACGAUCGAUACAUAUUGACAGGAUUAAAAAAGACUUGAAGAAUGUAGAUAAAUAGUAUGUGAUCGUCAGAGUUCACGCGGGGUUAUAGAGAGUUAACGUUGAGAAGAAUACGAGUGACUUGGCUCUUGUAUAGCAGUAUUCGAGAAAUCUUAUUGUAA